AUGAGGAUUCCUUCUGCCACUGGAAGGAAAAAGGCCUUUUCCACUUGCUCCUCACAUCUUACUGUGGUGAUUCUUUUUUACUGGUCAAUAUCAACUGUCUACGUACUUCCUCAUCACGAUACCCAAAUAUCUCUGAACAAACUCAUCUCUGUUUUCUAUACCAUUCUCACUCCCUUGGUCAAUCCUCUCAUCUACAGUCUGAGAAACAAAGAAAUGGUUAAAACAAUAAAAGAAAUAGUGGUUAGCAAAGCUUCACGUUUCACUGAAGUGUCUAGCAGUGCAAUGAGCAGUGGAGUAGAGACAUCAUAG